AAUUCUGGCUGUCAGCAUGUGUGGGGGAGAGCGAUUGUGCGUGUGCCUGUGCCUGUCUAUCUCUGAGCAUCGCUCCCUGGCUGGGUGUGUUGGGCCCUGCUCCCAGGCACACCCCCUGUGGGUGAUAAACUCACCGAGCGCAGAGCAAACCUAACCUGUCACCCAGCUGGCCGCACCUUUCCCCGGGUUUCCCUGUGGACGCAGCACACAGCAGCUCCUGGGCUCUCUCCCGGGCUCAGGGAGGGCAGUGGGGCCUGGUAGUUACAACAGGGGGAGCCAGGAUCUGCCCCUCAUGGCUUCCAAUCCCCCCCAACUGGGCUGUCUCUCGGAGGAGUUCUCCUGCCCUGUGUGCCUGGACUGGCUGCGGGCUCCCGUCACGCUCCCCUGCGGCCACACCUACUGCCAGGGCUGCAUCGAGACAGCGUGGGGCACCAUGGGGGUCCCUCCAGCCUGCCCUGAAUGCCGGGAGCUCUGCCCCGACCGGAGAUAUGCCCCCUGCAGGCUGCUGGGCAAGCUGAUCGACCAGGCCAGGGGGGUGAGCCCUGGUGGGGCAGGGGAGAGGGCGCGCCCAGAGGGCAGGGGCCAGGGCUACAACGAACCCCGGAAGAUGGAGGGAGAAUGCAGCAGGGAGAUCCGUGGGGGACCAGCCACGCACGGGAACCCCACCCACCAGGCCACCGUACAGCACCAGGAAGAGCCGGCCUCAGCUGAAGCCCAGCUGGAGUCCAGCCUCGCUCAGCUCCUGCGGCUGAAGAGGGAGGUGGAAGAAAGGAUUUGGAACCACCAGGCGACGGUGCUCGGCCUGGGGGAUCACAUCUCGGCGGAGUUCGGGAAGCUGCAGGGCUGGCUGGCCACCCGGGAGGAGCAGUGGCAGAUGGGGCUGCGGCAGGCGGGCAGCAGGCAGCUGCGGGCGCUGGAGAGGAACCUGCAGGAGCUGGAGGGGAAAUGCCACGCGGCGCGGGAGAUGCUCACGGAGACCCAGGGCCCCCUGCCCCAAGGGGACGUUGCGGAGUUCCUGACGGACAUCAAAUCCUUCCUGACCUGGGCGAAGCAGCAUCUAGCUACGCCUCGUGGGCCAAAUACAGGGUCCAUGUGGCAGAUCCUGGGGCAGUUUAAAGGGCCAAUCCAGUAUACUGCCUGGAAGGACAUGAAAUCCAUCCUCAGCAUCGAUCUGCAGCAGGGCGGACACCACCGCCAGCCCCUCCCCGACACUCCCGCCCGCUUCGAUUUCUGCGUGGCUGUGCUGGGCGCGGCGGCGUUCGCCUCCGGGAGGUGCUACUGGGAGGUGGAGGUUGGGGAGAAGCAGGCGUGGACGCUGGGCGUGGUCCAUGCCUCCAUCAACCGCAAGGGGAAGAUCCAGGCCUCCCCCAGCAAGGGCUUCUGGGUCAUUCGGCUCCGGGGCGGGACUGAGCUCAUGGCCAAGGACACGCCCCCAGUGGUGCUCCGCCCCCAGAACCUGCCCCACAGGAUCGGGGUCUACCUGGACUACGAAGGGGGCCAGGUUUCCUUCUACGACGCCCACAGCAUGUCCCACCUCUAUACCUUCAGCGCGCGCUUUGCAGAGAGAGUGUAUCCCUAUUUCUGCCCUGGGCUGUAUGAUUCAGGGGGGAAUGCUACCCCCCUGAAAAUCUGCCCCCUGCCCUGAGUCAGCCUUACCCUGCUCCGGGGCCAGACGGAGCUGGUGCCCCCUAGCAGGGAAAGGCCCCUUGUCCCAUUUCCCCAGCCCCCUGAGCCAGCCAAGCCCCUGCCCAAGGGCCAACUGGCAGCUGGUGCCCCUAGAGGGGUCAGGCCCUGUGAUCCAUUCCCCAGCCCCCUGAGCCAGACAAUGGAUUAUUGAUGAAUGGCCAUCAUCCUCAGACUCGUCAGAGCCAGCUGUUUGGUUCUCCGAAGCAAGAAGGAACGGAGCACAAGGCCAGACUGCACCCUGCCAAGCAGGGACUCCAACAAGAUCCUCAUGGACAUGCAACCCAGCACGAACCCCCAAUGUUUCCUCUACUCUUUUCUACCCAUGCGCGGAUUUUUUCCAUCUGUGUAGAAUAAAUUUUGUUAUGUGCAUCACAGUGUGUGAAGAUGUGCACCACCAGGAGAAACACCAACCUAGCGGUGGGUGCCCUGCUAACCAGCUAGGCAGUAUUCGAAUUUUUCCUGCGUCCCGCUUCCAGGGAAUGCUGGCUCCCAGCGCGACGCCCUGGCCGGAAGAGCUAGU